GACAAACUCGCAUCGCGUCUUGCGGGAAAUCAAAACCAACACACCUUAUUUAGGCAACGAUUAUUUAUGAUAUAGAACUAUUGUUUUUUAAAAAUGUGUUAUUAUGUCUUACUGAAUAGACUAAUAUCAACAUAAACCAAGCGAUGACUGUCAUGUGCGCGCAUGUAUUAUCAGUUUUAUGGAUGUCACUCGGUCAAGGUCCACGCUCCUGAUGCGAGUAGCAAGACUGGAUUUCUUUCCUUUGGGCCAAAAAGAUCUGACUCAAACAAAUUCCGUUAUUAAAGGGGAGAAUUUAAGAUACUGAUUACUGUUCUACUCUAGAAUGGAAGCCCUCUGGCACUGGAAGGAGGUGGACGCACUGAAACGAGGAGAACUUUGAUUGCCGAAAAUAUGGAUAGAUGCAUGGAUUUGUUAAAAUGAAUGACACGAACGACAUGUGCUUCACAAUCAUGUCAUUUCAGAACAACUAACGUGGAGUGUUCACAGGAAUACGCAUAUUUGUGAGCUGAAUCGCCCGUAUAAACGGUGAAGGGAAAAAAAAACAUCUCACGGAUAUUUCCUGUCACAGGAAAUGUACUUUACCGUAUAAUUUUCGUUUUGAAAGUCAAGUAAAUAUUGUAAUUUACAUACAGUGGCCUAUAAACAUUAUAUGUCACUAUAGCUUACUGAGUCGAUCGAAAACUGUCAGUAUGUCGGCGGUAAUGAUGACACGGAAGGUACGAAAAUGGGAAAAGCUCCCAGGGAAAAACACGUUCUGCUGUGAUGGACGCGUAAUGAUGGCCCGGCAGAAAGGCGUCUUCUAUCUAACCUUAUUUCUCAUCGUUGGCACCUGCUCCUUGUUCUUCGCAUUCGAGUGCCCAUACCUGGCAAUCCACCUGUCCCCUGCCAUCCCGGUCUUCGCUAUCCUCCUCUUCUUUUUCGUCAUGGCCAUGCUGCUGAGGACCAGCUUUAGUGACCCGGGCGUGUUGCCGCGCGCACUCCCCGAGGAGGCCACCUUCAUCGAGAUGGAGAUCGAGGCGACCAAUGGGAACGUCCCGGCUGGGCAGCGGCCUCCACCUCGGAUCCGCAACGUCCAAAUCAAUGGGCAGAUUGUCAAACUGAAGUACUGCUACACCUGCAAGAUCUUCCGACCACCUCGUGCCUCACACUGCAGUAUAUGUGACAACUGUGUGGAUCGCUUUGACCAUCACUGCCCAUGGGUGGGCAACUGUGUGGGCAAGAGGAACUACCGUUACUUCUACCUUUUCACCCUGUCCCUGUCUCUGCUCACCAUCUACAUCUUCACCUUCAAUAUCGUACACGUGGUGAUGCGCUCGGUGAACUCCGGGUUUGUGAAGACACUACAGGACACACCUGGGACUGUGCUGGAAGUGCUGGUGUGCUUCUUCACCUUGUGGUCAGUGGUGGGACUGACAGGCUUCCAUACUUACCUGAUCUCCCUCAACCAGACCACCAAUGAGGACAUCAAAGGCUCGUGGUCUGGAAAGAACCGGGUGCAGAACCCCUACAGCCACAAGAACAUCAUCAAUAACUGCUGUGAAGUGCUGUGUGGGCCUGCAUACCCCAGUGUCUUGGACAGAAGAGGGCUGAUGCGGGAUGAUUUGUCUGUUCCCACAUCCGCUGCCGAGCCUGCCACCAACAGCAAUCCAGUGCCACAGACCACAAAAACUACAGCUCCACUCAUCCCCAACGAGCACACCCCUGACGACGCCAAGCCCAGCAUGGCAGACUCUGCCAUCGCUCAUGCAGAGAAAAGAAGCCCCUCCCCCAGGGAGGAGAAGCUGCCCACUCUACCCAAAUCCUCACCGACUCCCACCAAAGUCCCGCCCUUGGCCUCACCUGAAACUGACGCGGAGGCCUCAAUUAUUGCCAAGGAUAAGGCACUCUAGCUGCAUGGCGGGGUUUUUUCCUUGCCCCUCCCACAGUCAGUCACAACCUUUCCCUAAAGCGCUCUGUCUGGACCUGUGAGGGAGACACUUUAAUCAGCUGCUAUAUGAGUGAGAAGCAUCUGCCUGUAAUGAGUGGAGAAUAACUGCAAGGCUCUGACUCCCUGCUCAUUCCACCAGAUAUGUAGAGUUGGUGCCCCCACCAAACCUGCAUCCCCCCUAAGUUAGUGACUGCAGGACUGCUUGAUUGACAUUUACACUCCAGAAGGAUGGUAGCUCGGCACCUUUCUCCUCCCCCUGAACAUUGCAUGGAAAAACACAGAUAAUGGGGGAAACUAGGAACUGUGAACCCACUGGAUGCAGAUGACUGUAUAUCCUGGGUAGUGUUCGGCUGAAGGGGUCCUAAAAUACCCAGGCGCCUCUGGAUCGUGGCUACCAGUGGACUCUGAUUGUUAAUGCUACUGUUUCUCUGUCUUUUGUUUUAUAGCUGUGAUGAUUUUUUUUUAAUGUGAAGAAGCCAGUUCUAAAAUACUUAGCAUUGCAAAAUAUCUGACAAGUACACUUAUUGUAAAGCCUCUAACACAUCCACACUAUUAGUCUGUUCAGGCCCCUAUGCAAUCCAUGGGAAGCUGGGCAGUUGGCACAACAUUAGGAUGAUGAGGAAAUAAGGACUGACAGCUAGUUUAGGGUGUUGAACAGUAAAACAUGGCAGAGAAAGGAAACACUAACCAUUGUUUAUGGUUGAGGUAUAGAGGCAAACAUUUUGUCUCUCUUCAGUAAGUGAUUCUAAUGAACAUCUCUAGAAAUGUUGAGAUUAAGGUGCCACCGUGGCUACUAUCCUUCCAUUUGUCAGACACACACACACACACACACACACACCAGGGUUGGGGCCGUCAUUAUAAAUUCAGUCAAUUCAGAGGAUAAACUGAAAGGGGAAAAAAAGGUUGAAUGAUCUUCUGAAAUAGCAGGCUGUUUCCAGGGGUACCAUCAGAGUUCCUGUAUCUAGCAUUCGAAGCAGCCACUUUAGUAUGUCCCAGAGGGGGGGGG